AUGCUCCAAAAAUUCAGGCAAACAGGACCUGUCAUACACGUUUUGCGCGAGAAGGAAGCUGUGCUCAGCUACCUCCGUCAAUCCACCCAUUUUCCUCCAUACAUUCACGAAACCUCGAGAGAGGCCUGGGACCGGAGGGAAAAGUACUUUCGCCAAUGUUGCUCUUUCGAGUUUGUCUCACUUACUGUCCCCAUCCCCCCGGCUCCCGAGGGACCGAAAGAGACGGUGACACCUGACCAGACUUUUGCGCUCAAACCUGUGGAAGAAGAGUUUUUCCGACUCUUGCGGUUUAUCCAUGGUGUGGAUUGUAAUAAGGUCCCUUUGACACCUCGUGGUCGCCGCUCAUACUUCCUCGCUCUCACAUAUGAAGACAUCAGGGAUGCGAUUAACGAUCUGGAGGAGAUCUCUUUGGGCAUAGACUUAUGGGAAGUCCGCGCCGACCUUCUUCUAUCGCAGGACCCUACCUUUAUUGCAUAUCAAAUUGCAACUCUCCGCCGACAUUCUCCACUUCCCAUUCUGUUCACACUCCGUACCCUCAAGCAGGGCGGCAAAUACCCUGACAUCGGUACGAAGGAUACCCCUCAAAAUCAUUUGAACAUUCUCUUCCAUGCGCUCACUCUUGGUGUCGAGUAUAUAGACUUGGAGAUGGUUCUCCCAGACUCUAUAUUUUCUCACAUUGUGGAGCAUAAGGGAAAUAGCAGUGUUCUUGUCUCGUAUCAAGAUUGGAAAGGCAGCCUCGUCUGGACUAGUCCGCAGACACGGCAACUGUACGAUAGAAUGGUUUCUAGGGGUGCGGAUAUCGUUAAAAUCGCGAGCACAGCGAAGGUCUUUGAGGACAACAUGAGUCUGAGGAAGUUUGCAGCCACCGUUGAGAGAAAUCCUAUCCCGUUACUCGCCGUCAACAUGGGGCCUGAAGGCAAGAUAUCCCGAGUACUCAAUACCGUCUUUUCUCCGAUGUCACAUCCUCUGCUUCCUCGAGCGGCGGCGCCUGGCCAAAUCUCAUUUAUAGACGCGCAAUCUCUUCUACAUCUGAUUGGACUGCUACCGCAGAAGAAGUACUACGUUUUUGGUUGUCCUAUUGCCCAUUCUAUGUCACCCACCAUACACAAUACCGCCUUUUCUACACUGGGGCUCCCGCACACGUACGAACUAAAAGAAACAACUUCGACGAAAGAACUCAAAGAGAUCAUGGACUCGACUAGCUUUGGCGGUGCAAGUGUAACCAUACCUUUCAAAGUCGAGAUUAUGCCUUACUUGCAACAUAUAUCGCGGCAUGCAAGGAUCAUCGGAGCCGUCAACACCAUCACACCCCUCGCACCCGGCGUCUUUAGUGGUGACAAUACAGACUGGCGAGCAAUUAAAAUAUGCCUCGUCCGCUCACUCACUCCCGCAAACGUUGUCACCUCAAGCACCACUGCCCUCGUCCUCGGCGCUGGCGGUACGUCUCGGGCAGCCCUCUACGCGCUCUACCAAAUAGGCGUUAUCAACAUCUUCAUCUACAACCGCACACGACCCCGAGCCGAGUUGCUCGCGGAAGAGUUCUGCAAGCUCGAUCCGCUGAUGAAGAUCAAGGUGCUGGAUAGGUUGGACGUUCCCCUCCCGAUCCACCCGUUACCGACGAUGAUCGUGUCUACGAUUCCGGCGACGUCCAUGAGAGAUACGGAGCUUAUUGAUGUGGGGCUUAGGGAGGAGCAUUUGAGUGAUCUUGGUGGGGUGGCGAUUGAGUUGGCAUAUGAGAGGAGGAUUACUAAGUUGCUAGCGCUGGCGCAGGAGAAGAGGGAUAAAGGGAUUGCAUGGGCAGUUGUGGAGGGUAUUGAGCUGCUCUUGGAGCAGGGCUAUGAACAAGUGAAAAUAUGGACUGGGAGACGGGCGCCGAGGACGAAGGUGAAACAGAAGGUGAUGGAGGAGUAUGAAAAGGGGAAACGUACUAUGUCGUGA